AUGCCUCGCGCACCAAACUCUGAUGGUACCUCGAGACCCGUGGAGGACAGCGUAGUGGACCCUACAGUUCCACCGCAGCUAGGAGAAGAUAUUCCUGCACAUUCUUCUCCUCGCAAAGAAAACAGCGUGAAAGAAAGAACAAAAGAACAAAAGAAGAAUAAGCAGUGGAGCAACACAACAGGCGGAAAAAAGCGCUACGAUACCAGAAAGAAAGGCGCUGGUUGGAAACCACCGCAUCUGCAGCAUUUCUCGAUACGGAAUCAACAUGCAUGGACAACUGCCGUGAAUCAGUCGUUGCACAGUGAGAAUCCGCUGAUCAACGGAAUGUAUCCAAAUAUCAACGGCGAAUAUCCGCCGAACAACGACCAGCAUCUGCCGAUCAUCAGCCCGUACACUCUGAUGAACAGUGCGUAUCAGGCAAUAAACUCCGAAUAUCCGCCUAUCAACGGACCGCACCCCCCGAUCCACAGAUCGCAACCGCCUAUCAACGGAACUUAUACGAACAUCAACGACGGGUAUCCGGUAUAUAGUCCGGGUAUCGGCCAGAAUCAGCCGAUUAACGGACCAUAUUCUCUACAUAACAGUGCGUAUCACGCAAUUAACUCCGAGUAUCCGCUAAACAACGGCCCGCAUACCAUGAUCAACGGUCCGCAUCCGCCGAUGAACGGACCGCACCCGCCGAUGAACGGACCGUACCCGCCGAUGAACGGACCGCACCCGCCGAUGAACGGACCGUACCCGCCGAUGAACGGACCGCACCCGCCGAUGAACGGACCGCACCCGCCGAUGAACGGACCGCACCCGCCGAUGAACGGACCGCACCCGCCGAUGAACGGACCGUACCCGCCGAUGAACGGACCGUACCCGCCGAUGAACGGACCGUACCCGCCGAUGAACGGACCGUACCCGCCGAUGAACGAACUGUACCCGCCGAUGAACGAACUGUACCCGCCGAUGAACGGACCGUACCCGCCGAUGAACGGACCGUACCCGCCGAUGAACGGACCGUACCCGCCGAUGAACGGACCGUACCCGCCGAUGAACGGACCGUACCCGCCGAUGAACGGACCGCACCCGCCGAUGAAUGGCGCGUACAUACCGAUUGUCUACACAUAUCCGUCGAUCACCGACUCAACCUCGGCGAUCACCGACUCAACGUGGCAGGCCACCGAGUCAACCUCGGCGAUCACCGACUCAACGCCGCAGGCCACCGACUCAACGCCGCAGGCCACCGACUCAACCUCGGCGAUCACCGACUCAACGUGGCAGGCCACCGAGUCAACCUCGGCGAUCACCGACUCAACGCCGCAGGCCACCGACUCAACGCCGCAGGCCACCGACUCAACCUCGGCGAUCACCGACUCAACGUGGCAGGCCACCGAGUCAACCUCGGCGAUCACCGACUCAACGCCGCAGGCCACCGACUCAACCUCGGCGAUCACCGACUCAACCUCGGCGAUCACCGACUCAACGUGGCAGGCCACCGAGUCAACCUCGGCGAUCACCGACUCAACGCCGCAGGCCACCGACUCAACGCCGCAGGCCACCGACUCAACGCCGCAGGCCACCGACUCAACCUCGGCGAUCACCGACUCAACGUGGCAGGCCACCGAGUCAACCUCGGCGAUCACCGACUCAACGCCGCAGGCCACCGACUCAACCUCGGCGAUCACCGACUCAACGCCGCAGGCCACCGAGUCAACCUCGGCGAUCACCGACUCAACGCCGCAGGCCACCGACUCAACGCCGCAGGCCACCGACUCAACCUCGGCGAUCAUCGACUCAACGCCCCAGGCCACCGACUCAACCUCGGUGAUUACCGACUCAACCUCGGUGAUUACCGACUCAACCCCGCCGAUCAACAGCCCGUAUGUUCAGAUGAAUUACCAGUACCUUCCGAUCAACUCUGAAGGUUUACCGAUAAACCACCUGUAUGCUCCGAUGUAUGGCGCAUAUCAACCUAUCAAUUUCGGAUAUCUGCCGAUCAACGGCCCGUACAAUCCGAUGUACAGUGCAUAUCAACCUAUCUAUUACGGAUAUCCGCCGAUCAACGGCCUAUACUAUCCAAUCUACAGUGCAUAUCAACCUAUCAAUUACGAAUAUCUGCCGAUCAACGGCCCGUACAAUCCGAUGUACAGUGCAUAUCAACCUAUCUAUUACGGAUAUCCGCCGAUCAACGGCCUGUACGAUCCAAUCUACAGUGCAUAUCAACCUAUCAAUUACGGAUAUCCGCCAAUCAACGGCCCGAUCAUAUACGGAACGUAUACGAACAUAAACGACGAGUAUCCGGCGAUGAACGGCGAGGAUCCGCCUAUCAACACUGAGAAUCCGCCUAUCAACUCUGAGAAUCCACCUAUCAACUCUGAGAAUCCGCCUAUCAACUCUGAGAAUCCGCCUAUCAACUCUGAGAAUCCGCCUAUCAAUUCUGAGAAUCCGCCGAUCAACGGCGCAUGUUCGUCUAACAACGGUACUUGUCCGCCGAUCAACAACAGGUAUCCAUUGAAUUGCAAGCACACAAAUCGAAAGAGUUCGCAGAAAAAUCACCAGAAUCCGCGUGUAAAUGGCGAGAAUCCACGUUCAGAUGUCGAAGUACCGCGUUCAAAUAACGAGUAUCCGCGGCUAACUGACCAGAAUACAGUUAGAGGUAGAAGGCGUAGGAUAGUAACGUAA